GUGGUCCUGCCGAACGCCCAACGAUGUGGCAACCCUAGGCAAAUGAACUGUUUUACCUGCCCAAACGCGCAACAAAAAAUAUAAAUACAAGAACGGGAGAGAGAGCGGGCAGCACAACGGAUAAUUUAGUGGAAUUUUCAAAAAUAGCAAAGCCAGCAACAACGGCGGCAGCCAUAAUCCCCCAGCGAGAGUACAAUAAUCAAAGAUUAAAUCAGGUUUAUAUGGAAAGGGUUAGCACGGCGCAGGAAGAAAUACACGUUUCCUAGCGCAGCAACAACUGCAACAACAACUACAACACCUACAACUGAUUACACUCGCACACGAAGAGGAAAACGAGAGAGCGCGAGAGAGCAAUGUGUUUAUGCGGUGAAGUUCAUGAUUUCUUGAGAACGUCGGAUUUUAAAAAGCUCAUGUAUAUGCCACACAUACAGAUAUAAAAUAAUGAAAUAAAGAGUAGUUGUGGAAUGCAAGGAGGAACAAAUAUUUUAUUUAAGCCGGAAAAGAAAAAGGACAUUGAACGAAAAUUUAGUUACUUGUUUUUGUAAACUGUCGAAUGAUUAAUUUUCCCUCCUCAUCUUAUCCUGAAAUGAGGCCUAAUAUGUAAACUAUAAUUAUUACAAAUAGUUUAUGAACUUAAAAUAAUAUCCAUAAAUGGGAUUUAUUUAUGAAAUAUAAAUUAAGUGAUAAGGUCAUCUCAUUAAUACAUUAUUUCAUGAAAUUAUGCACAGAGGUUUUCGUGGAUUGAGUGCAUGAAAAGGACCUCCCAUAAACACAGUAACGGAGAGAGAGGAAAAAGAAAAAGGCGACGCCGGCAGAGGCAGCGCGAGAGCGCGAGCAUAAACGCAGCGCUUUCAUGUUUUUCGCUCAUUUUGCUUUCGUGUGUGUUGCGGCAAUGUCGUGUUUUCUUGCGGCGGUGAAAACACUCUGCAACAACAGUAACAACAACAACUAUAACGAUAAGAUUUUCCGUUUUUCCGUAUGGAAGCAGAGAAGCACUAGCGGCAUUUGUUUUGAAAGUAAAGCAAAGGCGAGCGAGAAAAACGAAAUAUAAAAUAGAGGAAGACGGAAAAGUAACGCCGCUGUCGACCGCGCCUCGCCGUAUGUGUGUGUGUCUGUUUCUGUGUCUGUGCGCCUACCGCCUGUCUGUGUGUAAGUGGGCGCGAACGUAAGGCCGAAAAGGAAGUGAAAAUAGUGCAAAAAGGCCAAGUAAUAAUAAUAAUAAUAAAAUAGGCAAAAAGACAGGCCCCAAAGAGACCAGACCAGUUUCAAAAAGCGCCUAUUUCCAGGCUCAUCUGUGCAUGUGUUCGUGUGAGCGGCAACAACAACAACUAAAAGCGACCACAUACGGUGGAAAAGGCCUUUUUUCAAGGAGCGAAAGGCAGUGCGCGAGCGAGCAAUAAGAAUAAUAAAUUACACUUUGCUAUAAUAAGAAAAAUUUAUACAUACAUACAUACACACGCGGGAGAGGCCCACACACACAUGUGUUUUCCCUCGUUGUGAGUGUGGAAAAUUGUAAUAAAAUAUGAACCGCAGAAGCAGCGGAAAAACGAGAAAAACGAGAGAAAAUUUCGAAAUAUCGCAUGUGCCAUUUUAAGCUUUAAAUAAACUAUAACGUACAGUAUUACCCUAAAAACAAUUUAACAAAAUGUCCUGCAUAUCGAGCAACUUUAGCUCCUUCUUCCUCAACUCGCUCAACGAUCCUUCAGAGUUUUCCAAAUACUUGAGCAAUGGCGAGCUCAAAUGCACUAAUUUCGAGGAAUUUCAAGUGUUUGGCUGCGGCGCAGGCGCGCCGUCGCAGCAGCAGCAACAACAUCAGCAGCAGUAUUCCCACACCCAUUUACCCAAUGGCAGCGCGGCAGCAGCAGCGGAUUUUCCUAAUUACGAGGCAACGACGGCGUCGCAGCGGGAAAACUCCUCCGCCGUCAACUCAGGUAGCUCUGUUAAUCCCGCACAUUAUGCCGCUGCCGCUGCCUCGGCCAACGUCGAAGCCAGCGUAGCAGCAGCAGCGCCGACCUCAAAUCCUGGCGCAGGGGCAGCAGGAUCAACGCCCCUCACCGCCACCCCCCCGAGCAAUCGUUGGCCCACGGCGGUUGCCACGCCCAAUGGCCAUCAAUCCACCGCCUCAUCAGCGGGUUCGGUGCCCCAGCAUUUCGAUGGAUCCUUUGAGUUUAUCAAGUAUCUCCGGCACUCUACGGAUUUCACACCCAGCACACCUAGCAGCGUCACUAGCGAAGCUAGCUCCUGCCCGGAAAAGCCAGGCAGCGGAAAACCGCCGGGAAUCCCAGCAGGCACCACACCUCCACCCCCUGCCCAAUCCCCAGUGGCAAGUGGUCUCAUUGAUCUGGAUACCAGCACCUCACAGAAAUCCCGCUCUGCCUCCCGCAAAGUGGCCGCUUUAUUGUCUUCCGUUUCGCGGGCUUCCAAUAGUCUGGUGGACACCAGCUCCUCCGCUCUGGAUGUCUUCGAUCAUGACUCGAAACAGACUAUCUUUGAUCUGCAGCACAUGGCCUCCAAUGGAUCUUCUAAUUCGAAUGAAUCCUCGUUGGAGAUGUUAGCGUUUCCCAACUCGCACCUCAAUGCUUCCAAUUCGAACACCUCAUCGGAAGGAGCGGCUUGCGGCAGUGCGGGGGAGUUCGGAGGACUGUUAACCGGAGCCAGUUGCUCUUCCUCCACGGCGUCUUCAUCCUCACAUGCUCCUAAGCUCCUCGGAAGCUUUGUGAUCAAGGAGAACUUCGAGGUGCAUCCUUCGCACAAAGUUGAGGAGGGCAUAUUCCAGCACAUGAACAAGCUGCCCUCGAAGAAAAAGGAUACGCUGAAGCAACUGGGAGUCCGGUUUACUGGCCAGAUGACGCUAACGGACAAAUCGAUUGUGGUGGAGAACUUUAUCAAGUUCUGCGAGGAAUACGAUAUCAAGGACCACAGGCCAUGGCUGUCGCUGAAUCAAUGUGGUCUGAACAAGCCCGAGCAGAUCAAAUUCGCUCGAUAUCUGGGCCAGGGAUUGCCCACGUUCACGCUCUUCUGCAUUUAUAGCAAUUUUAAAAAUCUGUUCUGCACCAAACGCACGGAAAUCUACACGAAGGACGGCUACAAUCUGCCUUAUAUACUCGAUAAAACCAAGCGCUUCCUGGCCAACACAACAGCUGACCUCAAGAACAUGGCCGCGGCCAACGAUGGCUCCCUGGAGUUCGCCAGCAACAGCGGCGGCAGCAGCAGCAGCAGCAACAUGAGCAACAGCAACGCCAAUAUCGGCAGCAAUAGCAACAGCAGCAGCAGUGGCAGCAGCAAUGCGGUGGCAGGGUCAGUGAUUAAUCCAAAUCCGGUGGCCAUACCAGCAGGUUAUGUGACGGCUUCGACGGCGCAGCAGCAACAUCAGAUGGCUAUGGAUCCCCGUUACGGAUGUGGAGCUCCGCCGGCUCUUCUGCCGCCUCCGCCGAUUCCGGCUUUGGGACCACCACCCAGAUCCCUGGAGCAACUCAUCAUCUACGAGAACUUCGAUGUGCACGAAACACACCGGAUCGAGGAUGGGGUUUGCACUCACAUUAGCCGCCUGCCGCCCAAGAAGCAGGAGCUAUUGAAACAGUUCGGUAUACAGAGUAGUAGCCAGCAAUGUCUGAGCAAUUAUGAAAAGUACAUACUCAUCGAAAACUUCAUCAAGUUUUGCAAUGAAUAUCAGAUAUCCGAUCAUCGACCCUUUUUGGACUUCCACGAGAGCGCUUUAUCCAAAUGUGAACAACUUAAAUUUGUACGAUAUCUGGGCCAGGGGCUAUCCAAUCUGACGCUAAACAAAAUAUAUGUGGCCUUCAAGGAGCUGCUGGGGAAUGGAAGGCCCGAAAAAGCUGGCAUGGAUGGCUACAAUUUGGACAAUCUGUUAAAGAAGAAACGAAAGAAUCUGUACAAUCGCAUGCACGCCGCCGCCCCCAGCAUUGAUCUAACUGCCUAUGAGACGGGCCAACAUAAUCCCCAAGCACAUCUGGCCACGCCACGCCCCCAUCACGCCUUCGCCGCCCUGAAUUCGGCGACGCAGCGCAGCGAAGUAUGCAACGAAUUGACGCACACGGGUUUGCAGUAUAGUUACGCCGGACCCCGGUAAAAACUGGCAUAACCAAAACCCCAUCCAACGUCUGCAAUCGCCAACAGAUCAGAUGACAACCCUUAUAUACAUAUACAUAUACUUCUUCCUGGAACUGGACCAGUAACUGUUGUGUCUUCGAAACAUAAAAAGAAAGUAAUUUAAUCGCCGCGAGCGAAAUCAUUGAAAACUAAGUGCUAAAUUAAAAGGGGGGACAAUCAGAGGUUCCCAGAUGAAAAAUACCAGACACUAGUAAAAUUAGCCUAAAUGUUAACAAAAUUAAAAUUAAAUCGAAUGAAAUUCAAUUAAGCCAACCAGAAAUCAACACGCAACAGGCAGGAGAAAGAUUAGUUUAAGCCAAAAUCAGAUAUUUAUACGCAAGGUAACCAUAUACAACAUAUACAUAUUAUGAGUAUAUAUACAUAUAAAUAUAUUUCUGUAGUUGCCAUAGCGCUUAGGGUGCAGCACACUUCCACAUGGCCAAAUUCUGGCCAGGACUAUACAAAAAUAUUAGCUUCGGUUUCCUUCCAGCCAUAUUCCCGAAAGCCCCCAAAUUCCCAGGCCCAAAAACCGCAUUAGUAGUAGCCUCUAGUUAAUAAGUAAAGACACCAAAAUUGAGAAAACUAAAUCAAAGACCUCCCAAAGAAAGUUCCCUAAAUACGCAUACUAAGUAACUUGUAGAGCCUAGUUGUUAAGACGAGACAAAUUUUUAGCAUAGAACUGGCGAGCGGCACACGACGAUUAACAAACUAAAUAUUCCUAUAUACAAUAUACAUAUUAUAUACAACAAGCAGCAUCAAAUUCAAAGUGAAUAUACGCAAAAAUCAAAUGCCAAGAGGCAGAAUACAACCAAAAAACAUAGCAAUUGUAAAUGAUAUAUACCAAAUAUAUUCUAUACGAGCAAAGGCAAAACAA